AUGAAAACAAGAGAAACAACAACAACAACAACAAAUAAUUUCUCUUAUUGCACUGGUGUUCUUGAUCAGCUGCAGAAAGCCAACAAAAUGGACGGUGUAAAAGUAGCUCCAUAUCGAUUAAUAGGUGGACUUCGACAUUCUCAAAGUCUAAAUAAUCUUUCAACAAUAUCGAGUCCACGAAAAAAUUGGCCAUCUUUCGAACAGAAUUCUUCAUCAAAUGGCUUUCGAGGAAGUACAGAUUCACUUCAUCGCAGCUGUGAUACUAUUGAACAACAACAACAACAACAACAAAUAUAUGAUAAUCAUGGAUAUAAUAAUGAUAAUCUUGUUACAACAAAAAUAAAACCAUUUAAUAAUAAUCCACCAUUACCUCAAACACAACGAGAGGUUCUUGGUAAUAAUUUUUAUUUUAAUCCAUCAUCACAAACUAAUGGUUGGAAUAAUAUUGAUAAUGAACAAUUAAAUUCUUUAAUGCUUUAUCGUAAUGCUUUAAAACAAAAUUUAACAACAACUUCUAGAACUAAUAGUGCUACUUCAAAAAUACAUUUUGGUCGUAGUGGAGGUCAUUGGCCUCAUAUCAAACAAACAAAUACAUAUUCUGCAGCAAAUCUUUUAUUUAUUGAUGGUACAGUACAAAUUAAUGAUAAUAUAAAAUAUCCAACGCAUCGUUUUGGUCAUUUUCCGAUGCUACGAGCACAACAUUCAUUUACAUCAUCAUCAAAUCAAGAUUUAUCAAAUAAAACACCAAAUUUAACAACAAAAUCAUUAGAUUCUAUGACAUGGUCAGCAACAGAUCAAAUUAAUCAGCGACCAUCUUUAUCACAAUAUUCAAAUCGUUAUGAACGUCAUGCAAAAGAUGGUUUUGCUUAUUGGCCAACAGAUGUAACCUAUAACAAACCACGAUGUAAACCAGGAACUACUGGAACAUAUAAAAGAUGGCUUGGUUUAAGUGAUUCUAUUCUUAAACUUUAA